AUGCUACUUGGAAGAUACGUGUGUCAGAAUUGUCGUAACUUUGCACGUGUUGCUAUGUUUGACACACGUGCAAAUCGAUAUUUCCUAGGUGCUUCGUUUGUUCCUGACAGAUUUCGACUAGUAGAAUGCAACUCACAGCAGGUAAAAGCUCAUUUAAUGUCGUCUUACUGGUCUUCGUACUGGUCUCUCUUCGUAACCCGCUAUCCCUGUGACGUAGGUGCACAGUUAAGAGAGCGGGGGGAAAUGGAGGCUAAUUAUAAGUCACUAGGAUCACUGAAGAAGGUUCAGUGAUCAUUGCUGCACGCAAUGAUCGCAGACAUCAUUGUGCGGCGAACAAUCACUGAUAAUUUUAACCCUAUCUUGUGUUCGUUUUGUACCAUAUUGUCAUGCAGAUCACUGGAAUUUUUUUAAGUGAUUACAGUAGUCAUGCAGUCAGGCUUAGGCCCAUUUCAAACGUCGUGCUACUGCCAUGCCAAACUCAAUUGAUUGAAUUAUAUUCGACUUUAGCACGGCAGUAGGGUGAUGACUGAAACCAAAUCAUGCUAGCCCGCAAAGGUUUGCUGUGCUACACAGCAAACGGGAGCUCAACUUGGUUUCAAACGUCAUGCUACUGCCUUGCUGAACUCAAUUCAUAAAUUAUAAAUACAUUAGAAUAUAUUUAAAAGUCUGCUAAACCUUUUCUUGAUUUUUGUGAUUUGUUUUCGGUAACAGCUGUUCUAUUCAACUGAAUUAAAUUCAACGUCUGAAACUAAGUCAAGCUACAGUUGAGCCAGCUUAGCAAGGCAGUAGCAUGACGUUUGAAACAGGCCUAAGACAGUUGAUAGCAGUUUGGCUGAGCUGCAGAAUACGGUCAAACCUUAUUAGGCAGCCCUCUGUUAAGUAGUCAGUCCGUAUUAGCAGUCACAAAUCAAAUUCAAAUAAUUUGCCUUCCAUUCCUAAAUUUAACAUCUAUUAAGACAGCGGUCACUGCUGUUAAUUGGAGGCAGUCAGUACCAUCCAUAUAUUAUUAUUCAUUCAAAAUAUAUCUCCAUUUCUGAUUGGCUAAAAUCCCACACAUAAUUCAUCAUAACAAGCUUCUGUCCGCCAAAUUUGGAAGAAUUUUAUGAUAUGUGAAAAAUGACGUCAGUUGUGCAGCAAAUUGCCAGAUUAUUGAACAGUACUGUUAACCAAGAAGACCUAGGGACGAGGACGAGUUGUUUUGGUGGUGAGUACAAAGUGGCGGAAUAUUUCACUCUUUUCAUGAAGAACAAAUAUGGGAACUAUUGGUUAAAAACAUAGCAAGAACAACGAGAAGACAACUUGAAAGACAACAUCUGCUACUUGGAGAAUAUGUGCAGUACUGAACAACCCCUUAUCUCCUAAACUUUCUGAUAAAUGGGCAAUUAAACUCAUCAACAAUAGAUGAGCUUGGGGAAGGUGCCCGGAAAGAUGGUGGGGCCUCGAGCACCGGAGCCGAGCGCGUAGGGUAACCAUGACAACCCUGUGAGCGGCAACCACCAGGCACCGUCACACUGACAGAACACAGUGGAACCAUGAUACUUACCACAUACUUACCGGAAAAGGGGGAGGGGAGGGCGGGGAGUAAAGCCGCCAAGCACCGUCGAAAAGGCAGAAGUGCACGCGCAAAUGAGUUGACCUCAAAACCCGAGCUGUAAAACCACGCGACCCCCUGCAGAUCCCCCACCACUGCGCAUGACCGAGACAAAGGAAACCCCAGACCAGCAUUGUUUCGCGUUUAACUUAGCUUAAAUUACAUUUAACCACAUUUAAACUCAUCAACAAUAGAUGAGCUUGGGGAAGGUGCCUGGAAAGAUGGUGGGGCCUCGAGCACCGGAGCCGAGCGCGUAGGGUAACCAUGACAACCCUGUGAGCGGCAACCACCAGACCUCGCGCUCCAAGCGGAGUGCUUGGGGAGCGAAGGGCCCGCGAGCAGGGUGGGAGAGGGACCGAGACCCCCCAAAAAACUCUCCAAGCACCAACCCCAAAGCCUGCCGCUGACAAGAAAACAGAAAGGAGCAUACAUACCCAGUGAUGACGCGCAAACCUGCAACCCGCAACAACAGGCUGUCCUCCGUCCCACUGUCAGGGCUGAACUCCCUGACCGGAAUCCCAUUAUGAGUGCAAAGCCCCUACUUGCCCCCCAGUGCUUACUGGCCACAGCAUAACGAAACCGCGCGGAGAAGUCAAAUAACAUCGGAGACAACUGUGCUAAGCACAAACCAGCAUAGGUAGAGAUACAACGGUGCCCUAAUUUGUCCCCAGAAGACUGAGUGAAAGUAAAAAGCUGACGGGUUCUAUGAUGAGCAACCUGAAACACCUGCAGUCAAUUUUUUAGAGAGUUGCGAUAACGUCUCCGCAGGAGUACGAAUGUAAGACAAAUAGGCGGUGCUGGUCCACCGCCCCAAAGCCUGAAUUUGAUGAUCUGGGAUGCCAUUACGAGCUGCGACAGUAGCUGCCCCAAUCCGAAAACUGUGGCUAGAGAAGUUGCCUUGGAUGUUAGCCGAAGGCAAGAUGCGACGUAACCAAGCCGUCAACAGAGAUCGAGACAACGGGCGACCGUCCUGAAACAAAAAUAAGGGGCCUGGUCUGUCGCCCCUUAAAGUCAAGUACGCCAACAGCGAUUGGACUGCGCACAGCGGAAACGAGCCACGGCCUAUGUGCACGAAACACCCCUUCCGGAAGGGGUCAGUUUUGGAUGCCUUUAUCCUAAUGCGAAGGCAUGAGGGCAAUGAACUAGCGUCCACAGCGAUAUCGGCCACACCCAGAUGGAUGGAAGGGGAGUAACUGGCCAAAUUGGGGACGGUGAAUUCCGCAGAGCGAAGAAAGCCAAAGUACGCCAGGCAACAGGCUGCCCAAAACAUGCAAUGAUCUGCCAUCGUGACGUCCAAUGCUUUGAAGAUAACAGCCAUGAUCUCAUCUGUGAUUGGAAGCCGUUGAGAAGAAGAAUCGCCCUGAGUUCGCUUAAUUCCUCGAAGCACCCGCUGCAACCUUAAACAGUUGACAAGAGGAUCCGAAAAGCCCUGGUCGACGUGCAAGGAGCGCACGGCAGAGAGAUACACCUUGAUGGUGGAGUAUUGCACAGUAUUGGCCAAGAAUGUUGCGAACAGGCAUAGCGUCCACUCGUCAACCGGGCAAGGGGAACCGGAGGGAUGAAUCUUACCAAGCUGAGUACAAAAGUCAUAAAACUUUUUCUGACCUGAAGCGUACGAGUUGCGUGUAGAGGAUGCCAGCCCAUGCACCAGAAGAGUGUGGCACCGAGCCUCUAAGGUGGAGAUAUCAAAAAAUCCCAUAGCUGAUGAGGAAUUGGAGCUGGGAGUGGUAAGGCCUCGGGCGCCAGACGCCGGAACUCCUGCCAACGAAAGCGGGAAAGAGCAUCAGCAAUCGAGUUAUGAAUGCCAGGCAGGUGUAUAGCUGUAAAGGUAAAAUUAUGGCGAGCCGCAGCGGAAAGUAAGUGGCGCAGCAGCUGCAUAAUGCAUGGGACCUUUGAUGUCCUGGACGUGAGAAUGUGCACCACUGCCUCGUUGUCCGAGCGGAACAAGACAUGGCAUCGGUGCCAUUGCGGACCCCAGACGUGAGAAGCAACCACCACAGGGAAUAGUUCUUUGUACGCGAUUGAUUGAUCGUACUGGGAGGGGGCCCACGCUCCGCUGAACCACUCAUUUUUGAAGUAAGCGCCAAAUCCCAAGGAGCCAGCAGCAUCUGACGUGACCUCCACAUCUGUGGAAGCAGACAAACCCGGGAAAAGCCAAAAGCUCACCCCAUGCCACGACGUGAGAAAAUCAGACCACCACUGGAUAUCCUUGCGGAACUCCACGCUCAAACGAAUAGGAUGCUCGCGCGAGCGAAAGCAACAAAGGAGGUCGAUCAUGCGGCGUAGAAAAGUACGACCAGGCCACACAACUUUGGCGGCGUGGUGAAGGUGGCCGAUCAGCGACUCGAGUUGACGUCUGGUACACCACCGCCUGUUCCGCCACGACUGAAUCAACUCCUGAAGGGCGGCUAACUUGUCUUCUGGAAGACGAGCCGAUUGCUGCACUGAAUCUAGCUCAAUUCCCAACACGGUCAAACAAGUGAGCGGGCCAACGCACUUGCCAGGGUGGAGGGGAAGGCCAAGUGACCGACAAACUGCCAGGGAUGUUUGCAAAUUAUUAGUGCACUGGUUCGAACAAGCCGGGCCUGCAGUGAGGAAAUCAUCGAGAUAGUGCAUAAGGUCGGCCACAUUGUACCUAUUAAUAAUGAUCCAUUCCACCAUGUCUGCUAUCGAGUUAAAAAUAUAGGGAGCCGAGCGGAGCCCAAAGGGAAGAGCUAAGUCAACAAAGAAUUGGCCCCGCCAUUUCAUCCCUAACAGGUACCGAUCCUCGGGAUGCACUGCAACGUUGCGAUAAGCGGCCUCGACAUCGAACUUUGCCAUCAUGGCCCCACGACCGUGCUUGGCCACCAUGCGGAUAAUCUGGUCGAGUUUGAUGUAAUGCAUAGAGAAUGCGUCAGCGCUGAUACCGUCAUUUACGCUGUACCCACCCGGGGAGGAUAAGUCAACAAUAAGCCGCCAUUUGCCAGGUUGGCCUUUUUUGGGGAUUACCCCGAAACUGCUUAUUUGUAAAUUCCGAAGGGGAAUCGAGGGAAAGGGGCCUGCCACCCGGCAUCUGGAAACCUCGUGGGCCAAAUAAUCGUCAAUAACUUUCGGGUUCUGGAAUGCCGAGGAUUUGUUCCGUUUGGCAGAUUUAAGUGUACGAGUAGAUUGGAAUCCCAGGCGAAACCCGUGCGUGAGGCCUUGCAAAACAAAGGCGACUGCUUGCUGAUCUGGGUGCCCAGCCAGGUCCAACGUGAAUUGUGCCACAUUCAGGGGAGAAACCACCGACACUGGAUGGAAAAUAGGACCCCCUGAUGAUAAAAUUGCAAAGAAAAGAAACACUUGCAAAAUGAUGAAAACCCAACCAUAGCAUUUUAUUAUCUAACAUCCAAGACUGGUACAAAUGCAAACAAGAGAGCCUAGCAACGAAGCAGGUGAGCUAAAGGCAUGAUACCCUGACCCCUGCUAAACGGGGUGUAGGGACAAUAUAGCCGCACACGAACUGUCAAAAAUAACAAAAUAGCCUCAAAAGAGACCACAUUACGAUAACUAAUCAACUAAGGCGAAGUGCCACACUAACAAAAACGAUAAACAACAAGAUCAUGAAUGUUCACGUGGGAAUGAGCGAAGCAACAACACGAGGCGGCACAGCUAAACCGUCAGGACAACUGCAGACUGUACGCACGAAUGGCUGCGAAACCCGGCAACUAACGAAUCCCUCACGUACGGCGAGCUUUGGCACCGGAGGAAGAUCCUGGAGAACUUCCGCGACGUUUGCGUUCUUCACGGCUGUCCCGGCUGGAGCGAUUGGGGCACGUCGUCGCACGAUGGGAGCCAGAACAUAAAUUGCAGCGAUGGGCAUAGCGACACGACGCGAAGGGUGCUGUACAGCGCCCCUUGUUCCACGAAAUGCAAACGACAUUAGAAGACGAAGAUCCUGGUGGCUCAGGGUACUCAUUAGAUUGGGCCAGUGUAGAGUCACGGACGGACGAACCAGCAGCAUGGAAAUUAAAUAAUUGCACGUUCAUCGACGACCAAUCCGUCAAGCGAAUGGCGGCGGCAUGCUCACGGAAUGCUCGGUCGUACGCGAGCCACACUUUGCCCGAGAAAUGACGGAAUGUGCGGAGGAUGAGCAGCUGGUACUGCAAUAAGUCCUUCCAUCGAUGCGGGAAGUGGGUGACCAAAAUCAUAGCAAAGAUGGAAAAGGCUUCCAUCCAGGACGCGAUGUCCUCGAUCUUCCGGCGCUGUUGCUUCGGUUGGGACGUGAGAACAAGGCGCCCGUCGAACAGCACUUGCGGCUCGGUUUCCUUCUGCAGCAAGUUCACGGCCAGUAAAUCGCUCAGGUCAACGUACUUGCCCGCCACGAUUUGAGCGACCAGCUUCGCCGGCACGGGCGAGAAACCGGGACCAACAACGAACGGCUGGUCCAACAACGAAGCCGAUGGACCGACAGAACGGGCGGCGAAAUCGCGAAUCGCCCCGCUCUGCGAGGAGCAAACGUUCGAGGCGCUAGGAGCGAAAGAUGACAUGGAUGGAAGCGAAAACGUGGACACAAAGGAUGGCACAACAAAUGAUUGGCUUGGCCUACCUUGUACGGGAUGUCCGCCGAAUCCUGUCCCCGCGGCCAACAGGCUUGAUGCAGAAUCGGUGAGCGACGGCAAAGCAGCGGGAACGCCUCCCGAACAAGGCGGUGUUGUAGUAAUGGCGCUCGCUGCGGACAAAACCGGCUGAGAUGUAGUCGAGGCAGUUCCCGAAGAUUCCCGCUCGGCUGCGAGAACAGCUUGCACGGUCUGCGUGAUCAACGCAACCAUUUCUGGCGAAACUCCCGCGAUCGCCGGCCCGGCCGGUGGAAGAGACGCUUGAGAAACUUGCGACGAGGGAGGCGAGACGUUUUGACCAGCCGACGAAGACACGUUUGAAACCGAAGCCUCUUCUCCAGAUGGAACAGGCAGUAACACCGGAGCGGUUUGCAAGCUAUUAGUCGUACCCCGCGAACCCAUCGUCAAAAAGGCAAAUAAGAGCAAAGUCGCCAAGCACCGUCGAAAAGGCAAAAGUGCACGCGCAAAUGAGUUGACCUCAAAACCCGAGCUGUAAAACCACGCGACCCCCUGCAGAUCCCCCACCACUGCGCAUGACCGAGACAAGGGAAACCCCAGACCAGCAUUGUUUCGCGUUUAACUUAGCUUAAAUUACAUUUAACCACAUUUAAAGAUGAACUUAACAUCGAUGGAGGUGAGCAUGUUUUAGCUUAAUUUAAACUAGAAAUUAUUUUGAAUGAAUAAUCAAACAAUCACAACCCCCUGUUCAUGAAGGACUUUGAAAUUUUCCCAACCCUCAGAAAAAUUUUCUUUUUCCAAGCCUUAAGGACGAGCCGAAAUUUAAGCCUUUUUUCAAGCCCUUAUAAGUCUCGCAACUUGCGCUGAAGAAGGUAAAGAUAACUGCCAAACCAUGGAGGCAUUUUGACCUGCAAGCAAAAUAAUUGCGUUCGACGAAGGAAGAACGCUUCCUAAUCUUCUGGGUUGCCUGUUAUCGCGUAGGUUCCCUGUGCACGCAAGCGAAAGCUGACCCGUGUUUUUUCGUUCCAUGGUUCACCUUUUCGGCGCCAUUUUGAAUGACAUCACAAUUUCGUUGCACAAAGCAUUCUGCCUCGUGCUUCGCUGUUUGUCGGAUGUGUUGGAAGGUUCAAGCUUUAUUUACGUCAUAAUCAAUUGUCAUAUGGCAAUCACGUGCAUCACUGGUUCCAUCAAGGUCAACAAGCAAGAUGAUUACACGGGAAUAUUUGAGUUUUAUCGCUGAACUGAUGAUUCUGCUACACCUUUUUCGGUCAAUGCCGUUCAAAUCGAGCUGGAACUUCGUAGAAACACACAAAUAAAGACCACGUAACAUUUGUGCCGUGAGAAGUUUACCCGUGCGUUUGAGUCUAUUUAUAUAUUUGUAGUUUAACCUCUUUACGCACGAAAUAUAUUCUGAGAUAAAGUAAGCUGUUGUUACAACUGUAAUGCUUCAUUCAUGUCUGAUAUAUCUACGCGGGCCAUCUUGCAUGAUAAGUAUCUCGCUCCCUGAAGCAAGCUUAAGUUUUAAAUAUGUUAAACUGACGUACAUGAACUUAAAAUAAUCAUGAGAUGAAAAGUUUGCACAAUUGCAAAAGAUUCUGUCCUGUUCUCUGACAUCAGUAAUCUAGCAAAAACCUAAUAUGUUUCCGUCGCUGCUAUGAUCAUUGUUUUCAUUUCAAGUUGUGUCACGCAAGAAGCCAGGACUUUGUAACCUUCGAGGCUACCAUUUUUUCGAAGUUUGUAGUGACAUGUUUAUCUUUUUAACAACAUAGAACUUUUUACGAUCUAUUUUACAUUUUUAUCGACCAUGCUUGAGGGAGAAUAAGACAGGAGUAAAGAGUUAAUGAGUGAGAUAUUUUGAAGCUGUAUACGCGAAGAGCAUCUCUUAAGAAAAGAAUGUUUACCUUUUAAUUCAUGAUCUCUUCCAUGAUUGAAAUAAUGCUUGACGACACAAAAGCCAAUCUGGAGCUAAGAAAAUUCGAACGCACUCAUUAAUCUAUGAUUACUUCUAGUACUUUUCUGUAUUUAACUGUGCUGUAGUGGAGUAGUUCACAGCUUCUUUUCUGUUCUUUUCUCCAUAGACUGAUUAGACUUCUUCUGAAUUUAAUAAGUCAUUUAUCUUAUUCACUUGUUUAAUUUUUUGUACUGCAGGUCAGAUGGUUUGCUUACAGAAGACCAAAUGAACAACCUGGCUUGAUAGGAAGAUUUAUAGAAAAUAUAAAGGAGGGCUUUGAAAGAAAUAAAGAAAUGCAGGUAUACAUUCCUUGACCCAUAACUUAUUUUUCUUUUCUUUUCCCUAGCGAAGUGAUUUUCACAAGCACAUAAUUAUUUAUUUCAACAUGUUGAUUCCUCCGCAUUUUAGGAAAACAUAAAGAAAUUUCAACAAGAAGCUAAAAAAUACGAGCAAUCUGAAACACUCUCAAGUAAAGUCAGAAUUGCUAACAAAAUUAAGGUAAGUUUUCAGUUUGCUGUAACAGUGGUUUUAAAAUAGGUUCCACUUUCAAAAGAUGGAUCCAGGGGAUUCAAAUACCAAAAUUCAAUCUUCUUGAUAUGAGAUACUGGCAGUAUGUAUCUGUCAUUUGCAUAAUUUACUCCUGUGUUUCUUAGGACUUACAAUCGUCAUUUUGUUUUUCACAGGACAGUGUGUCAUCUGUUUCAAUGAGGACUUCUGCUGUUGUUAAAAGUUUCUCUGGAGCCUUUUCUACGAAAGUGUCAAAGGUACUGUAGAUUGUGUGCAGUGAUGUUGUGUCUUAAAUACAUGUACUAACAAAAAAAAUACUAUUGUCAGUUCCAAAUUUUAUUGGUGUUGUUUUUCAUCAGGCAUAUGAAGAGGCAACAACAAGUGAAGCUUUUAAGAAAGGCAGAGCUGUUUCUGAAGAAGUAUGUUUUUAGCCUUUACAAAUCAUAACAAUCAAGUCUUAGGCAAAAGUUAUGCCGAGGAAAUUUCAUAUGAAUGGUAACAACAUAGGAUUUUAUCCGCAGAUUUAAAAGUUGGAUUGCCAAAUCUUGCCUUAAUGUAGUGCUCGCAUUUAUAUGAUGAACCUUAACUGCUGAAAGAAAACUUAAAAAUUCAUAAUUGACCAGGAUUCAAACCCUGACCUUUGCAAUGAGUGGACACUGUCAGUGCUCUUUCUAAAUAAGCUGAGCAAUCAAACUGGAGAGCUGUUCAAAUUAUUGUGAAUUUGUAAUAACAAUAACAUGCAAAUUAUGUUACUGUAUUUAUGUUACAGUUCAAAAUUACAACUGUAUAUGCAGGUUAAAUUUUUUUAACUUAGGUUGAUUCUCUGUUUUCGUUGUCUCCUAGCCCUAAUUAGUCUCGCUUGCUUUACAGUGUACAAUCUAGCUGCGAGACUGAAAAUAUGAAAAGCAUUAUUUUUUUUUGCAUGUGUGCGCACCAAAAGGGAUCAUGGUCCUAGGCAUUCUUAGCAGAAACUAUGGAAACUGGGGAUAAGAAUUAUGACAUGACAAAAACCAUGCAUAGAAUUAAGCUUAGGAAAGAUUAAUGCAAAAAUUAAUCAAUGCGAGCAUUGGGUCGGUCCACAAAUUCUAUCGCUUGAAAGCUUUUAUUACUCUGGAACAAGACAGUGAUAACCUCAGUGGCUAAAAAAAAGAAGAAUCUUAAUGUAAAACUUUGAUGGCAAGGCUCACUGGUCAGGUGUUGUAAACUUUCAUUGUAUGCAAAUAAGUCUUGUGUUGAGCAUGCAGUUUACUUUUGACACACGUAAUUCAGAAACAAAUCGUUGAAUACAAUAUAAAAAUUAAAUAUCCUGAAGGGUUACCGGUCAUUUGGAUAUAAGUUUAUUCCAUCUAGUUUUAAAUAGUUUAAUUUUUAAGUUUAACAAACUUGGCUUAAUGAAUGAAGAAUAUUCACCCAAAGUGCUUAUCUUUUUCACACGCAAACUAUACUUAAAGAGAUUGAAAUUUUUUUGUAAUUUCAAUGCUCAACUUUUUAUUGAAAUAAAUUGUAUCAAAACGAGCGGUUACCUCCUGAAGAAUACUCGAUGGCUGAUAAAGUAGGAAGUAAAAAACUUUUAGGGAGGAAAUCCUGUUGUGUGUAGAAUUAAUUGCCUCCUUAUUUCUUAUCUUAUCUCCAAGCAAGCGAGACUGAGUGGUUUUAAGAGCAUUCUUGUUAUUCAGGAAUUAGGGCUAGGAGACAAAGGAUAAAGAGAGUCAACCUAUAGGUUUCAAAAUUGUAACCUGAAUAUAAUAUUUACAUGUACAUCCACAUAAACAAGUGUGAACAGGGAAUGAAACAGAAGCAGUAAAUUGCCUCAUUAAUCUAACUGGCAUGUUUCUUUUUUUUUUUUUUUUUUUUUCUUUUUAGCUUGCUAAGUCUGCCAAGGAGGCUGCCUCAAAGGUUCAAGAACAAAGUGAAGUGAUUGGAAAAACAGAUACUUUUAAGGCUAUGUCGGCAGUAAGUGAUUAAAUAGGCCUUUAAGCUCCAAUAUCCACAGGGCUUUCAAUAAACACUGACAGCUGACGAAACACAUCNUUCACCCUUUCCCCACACGCCCCCUUUCCGAUCUUAAAAGCAUUCUUGUUAUUCAGGAAUUAGGGGAAGGAAAAAAAGAAAAAAGAGAGGAAACCAAAAGGUUUAAAAAUUGUAACCUAAAAUUAAUAUUUAAAUUUACAUCCACAUAAAAAAUUUUGAAAAGGGAAUAAAAAAGAAAGGGAAAAUUGCCUAAUAAAUCUAACUGGCAUUUUUUUUUUUUUUUUUUUUUUUGUUUCCUUGUAGCUUGCUAAGUCUGCCAAGGAGGCUGCCUCAAAGGUUCAAGAACAAAGUGAAGUGAUUGGAAAAACAGAUACUUUUAAGGCUAUGUCGGCAGUAAGUGAUUAAAUAGGCCUUUAAGCUCCAAUAUCCACAGGGCUUUCAAUAAACACUGACAGCUGACGAAACACAUCGGCAAUUGCUCAGAGCAGUUGGCUACUUUUUUCUAGAAAGAUAACUGAGAAGCAACUAGUUUGAAUAAUGUGGUAAAUAAAAAAGGAUCAUAAAAUCUGAAUGAAAUGGUUUUACAUUAUCCUUUAGUCAUGUUAUGGGGAAGUGCACUCCCAGACCCCCUCCCCCCUAGAAAAAGGGGACUAAUGGCCCCUUGUUGAUACAGUUGGAUACUCUUUUCAUACAUGCCGGCUACUUGAAUUUUUAUUAAAACCCCUGUAUCCAUGUACAAUUGCUCUAGACUGAGCUCCAUCCAUUUUCUUCCUAGUUGGUAAAAUUUGUUUAAAGAUCAAACCAUUUCCCCAUGAUAGGUGAUCAUUCGCAUUAAUUCUUGUAUUCUUUUCUCUUGAUUAUGGUUUGAUAUGUUAUAUAAGAAAAUUGAUGUUGCGACUCGUGAUUUAAAGGGGUACAGAGGAUAGUAGAAUGUUUUGAUGAUUAGGUGUUUAGAAAAGAAAGUGAGCGGCAUACAUUGUAUCUGCUACUUAUAUUUCUUUAAUAUUGUAUUUUAGUGCAGAAUAGCAUUUAAAUUCUAUUUCCUUAAAAUCCACAGGGCUUUCAAACAGUUAAGAAGGAAGUUCUCGAUGAAACACUUGAACAGUCCAAACCUUACAGGACCCCAGGUAAGCACAGUGUAACAACUGCUGAUAGAGUUUUGUAUUCAAGAGGUUACAGUGUACUCGCAUUCAUGUAAGUGAGCAAAAUGUGGUGAUCGUUGGGCUGUCAUUUAUAGGCACAAGCCAGGUGUCACUCAACCUCUUCAUCCUGUCUGGGACAUAAUUAUGCUGUAAGGCAACAGUCAUCAUGUAUGUUGCCACUCAACCCUGAGCUUUGGACUGCGCUUUAGACCCAACUCGUCCAGCUCUUUCAUCACUAUUCCAGGGUUUUCAGUAAGGUUUUAAGUAGGUGGCAAAAGCCUUGGAGUAGGCGGAGAAGGAAAAAAUGCAUGAGUUACUGGGGGGCUCCUGGAAAAAGUUUUAAAUAUGGGUCUCUUAGAGUGCAUUUCCAGCUUUUUGAAGCAAAAAUUAGAUUGUUUGAACAGAAAACAGAAAUCAUUAAAUUUUGGUUUUUUGGAGGGUAACUUCCAAAGAAAGGUUGGCAGUGAGUUCACGUGAAAUAGCUUUCAAAUUUCAGUGGCUGCCAGGUCUUAUUGAGAACUCUGCUGUCCUCAGCUAGGUGGUUUUCUGCCUGCCUCUUUUCCUCCCCCCACUUGGAAUCUAUCUCAAGGCAACCUUACGUACGUGUAUCCUUAGGACAUACCCCCACCACUUUGGAAGGAAAAUAAUACAAAUGUAGGUCUACAACACAAGAAAAAUGUCAUAUCUCUGGCUACCUUUCCAACAUUAUCAAUCCACUUAUCUACAAUGUCCUUCAAGAUAGUGACAGACCUGAAAAGUGCAAAUUGCCAGUGUUGUUAGGGCUGCAAGAAAUGUCAUAGUGUACAUAGGAGCAAAACUUAAGGAAUAUCCAUGUAGCAUUAUCACUAUAAUUUGAUUUCCUAAGUGGCUGGGUCAGUGGUGGAAGAGCUUCAAAUAACUAGCUUAAGUGUUAACUGCAAGAAUAACUUUCUUAUUUAUUAACUGCAUUUUUAUCUACAUGUUAUAGCAAUACUCACACUGACAUCAGCUAUAGAUUUUAAUGUGCCAACCAGACGCGCAUUGUUACUUGAAACAAAAUAUUCUAUUGUUUCACUCAUUACAAAUUUGAAUAUUAUUAAAACAAUGUUUGUAAACAGUGAAAUCUUCUAUAGUGAUGUUGUUCUUGUUUUUGGAAUGUUUUAGAAAAGCUUAGAAGGAGAACUGGAGAAGAAGGUGAAAUGGCUAAGAAGGAGAGAAGAAUCGAUGCCANGUGUUGUUAGGGCUGCAAGAAAUGUCAUAGUGUACAUAGGAGCAAAACUUAAGGAAUAUCCAUGUAGCAUUAUCACUAUAAUUUGAUUUCCUAAGUGGCUGGGUCAGUGGUGGAAGAGCUUCAAAUAACUAGCUUAAGUGUUAACUGCAAGAAUAACUUUCUUAUUUAUUAACUGCAUUUUUAUCUACAUGUUAUAGCAAUACUCACACUGACAUCAGCUAUAGAUUUUAAUGUGCCAACCAGACGCGCAUUGUUACUUGAAACAAAAUAUUCUAUUGUUUCACUCAUUACAAAUUUGAAUAUUAUUAAAACAAUGUUUGUAAACAGUGAAAUCUUCUAUAGUGAUGUUGUUCUUGUUUUUGGAAUGUUUUAGAAAAGCUUAGAAGGAGAACUGGAGAAGAAGGUGAAAUGGCUAAGAAGGAGAGAAGAAUCGAUGCCAAUGAGUAUGUGUGGUUGUCUUUUAUAAUAAAUUUAUUUUUCUUGUAUUUUAUUAUGGGGAUGGAAAUUGCACUGUGCAUGUCUUUCAACAUGUUAAACUAGGUGGCAUUAAGCAUAGAUUUUGAGAUUUUGUGCUUCAUGCUGAGUGUAUACAUGUAUCUUACAGUUCAAAGUUUUCAUAUAUCAUGUUUUCACCCAAGAGCUCACCUGUUAUUUCACUGGUGUUUAUAUAAUAAUAGAAUAUAUUUUUUCAUGUGUCUUGUUUUUUUUUUUUUAGGGAUGCUACAGGGAUGGUUCUCCACAGAGACUCUAAAUGGUAUCAACAAUGGCAAGAGUUUAAAGACAACAAUCCUGUAGUGACUGGUAAAGUUAUGACAUUUACAACCUUACUCUUUUCUUAUGUACCUGCAAUGAUCAUGACCGAUAAAAUUAAUGCAGUUUUGCAAAAAAAUUUUUGUGGCUUAUUUACAUUCCACAUAAAGCGGGAAAUGAGAUGUUUUCACUUUGAAGUCAUACAGUGAUGGCGAAGAAAUGAACAAGGAAGUGUGCUGCAACUGCAAAGUUGUUGUUAAACAUUUUGCUUUUUUGAUGUUCUAGUUGCCGUUGCUGUGGUCAGCCUAUUGUUUAAAGUUACAUGCAGUCCUGCUAAUUAAGUAAGCAAUUAUUAUUGACCCACUUAAUAAUAUUUUACAGGUCUUUUCAAUCUGAAAACAAAAUAUGAUGAAAGUGACAAUGUGGUUGUGCGAGCCUCAAGAGUGGUAACAGACAAGCUACAAGAUAUUUUUAGUAAGUCAAUGUUAAUAAUACUUCAGUGAAUUUCAUAGUCAUGCACAAGUACAUUCAUGAACAAGGGCAACAAAGUGUCACUUUUCAUGAUCAUUAUACUGCAAAGGGCCUGAAGAAAAAAUUGACUUUUCUUGCUUGCCAGUACAUACAUGCAAACUUGAAAAUUGUCUAACACACAUAAAACGGUUCAAAAAAAUUAGUAAGACAAAUAAAAAGAAAAGAAAAAGUGGAAGGGAAAUUAGCGAUAGCCGAAAAGAAGCAAUCACUUUUGUAUCGAUCUCUGUUUUAACUGCAUUUUCAAUACCAAGUGCAGUGUUUUUUUGCAAUUUUGCCACACACAAACAUGCAAAGGCUGUGACUGCUGCUUGUGUAACAGGGUCCUACAUGUGUAUUUCCAAGAGAUGACUACCUCACCAUACAAAGAAAAAAGUAAAUUAAUUUUAUUAGAAUCACCUGUGAUUAAAACCAUGUGGAAGGCAGGGUAUGGUGAAUUUGGUUAUCUUAAACUAUCGCAACCAGCGUCUAAUUUCUAUGUGUAACAAUCACUGUAAAUCGCUGCUAUAGUGAUUUUUGAGGGGCUUCCUCUCGGAAUUUUGGGGUUGGGGUGUGCCAUGGGACUAUAAAACCUUUGGCUUACUUGUACCAGUAUAUUGGUCCAUAUUCAGCCGCAAUUUUACUUCCCUAUUGCAGGCAUGUAAAAUGAAAAGUGCAUCCUAUCCAACACUAACUGAGAAUCUAUAUACCACUAAUCAACUUCCCCAACAUGACUUUCUAUAAAUAUCAGUCCACAAUUGUGUGAUUUCAAUUAUUUUUUAGCUGAUGUGUUCUCACAAUCUGAUACUGCCAAGACAAUGGCUGAAAUCACAAGAAUAGACCCACAAUUUAACAAAGAUAGCUUUCUCAAAGAAUGUGAAUUUGAAAUAAUCCCAGCUGUUUUAGAGGUAAGGUCUAGCUUGAGCUUAACAGCAUUAAUUUUGCUGUUCAUAAGUGCUUCUAUGUCAACCAGACUUAACUGUUCUAGUACAGUAUACACAGCCUUAUGAUAGAACUGAAGCCUUUGCCCACAAUCAUUGUCAUAGCAACCUCUGUGAUCACUAAAAUCAUGGAUAAUAGGGAAAGAGUUUAUAUUUAUUUAUAAAUUAUAAUCUCUGCACUUGUUAGACUUCUUUUAACUUAUGCUAGUGAUCGCGUAGCCUCCCACGCAGGCAUUUUUAGUAGAGCUCGUACUUUGUCCCUCCCCACAAACACCUGUUCAACCGAGAACAACAUUCCUUUCCCAAGCGUAGCCAAUCACAUUUGUUCUUUCCAAAUUCUGGAAGGUUGACCUUGACGGCAGGGUAACCCAACAAUUACUCAAUCUGCAUAAAACAAUGAGAAAGCUUUAUGACCUCUAAUAAAUGUUAGACUCAGAGAUUUUCUCAGUUAGAUUAAAUUAGAGUACCCCAUGCCCUGCAUAACCUUAGCGAUGGAAAGAAAAGAAGGAAAAAGGUAACUCUCUGGUCAUGUUUUCACACCAUCACAAGCUUGUGUGUUUAGCCUGUCAAACUGUUGAUUGGUCACUUACCGCACAAAUAAAACAGUGGGAAAGGAAUUUUGUUGUUGGUUGAGCAGGCAUUUGUGGGGAGGGACGAAAUAUGAGCUCCCCUAAAAAUGCCCGCAUGGGAGGCUAGUGAUCACAAUGAUCAUGAUGAAAACACACCCUGCUAGCAGACCCUAUCUGUCACAUGAUCAAUUUUGGCAUUCUCAAGAAAAGACUCUUUGUAAAUUGUGUAAUAAGUUCUUUGAUGAGCAUGUGCUGCUUGUUGGUGGGAUGCAUUUUCAACCCCAGGUUUACUAGACGUGCGCUUGGCAUAGUGCGAAAAUUAGUUUGAUAAUGGAGAACAAGAUUGCAUUCUACAAGCUUUUGGCACAACCAUUUCUGGUAUCGUUUGGGUGGACAAGCAAUACAACUUUAUGAUUGGUUGAUGGUACUCAAAUCAACCAUAAACAAAUCACAAGUAAUGCUUAUCCACCCGAACAACCCCAGAAAUUGUUGCUCCACAAGCUUGUACCCAUUUCCCUUGCAGUUUCUGGAGUGGGGAAUUUUGUAUUAUUGUUUUUUAAUUAAAAUAAUGUUCUUACUUGUCUUUAUUAGGCAUUUCUAAAAGGUGACCUGGAUAUUUUAAAAGAUUGGUGCCAUGAACCUGUAAGUCCAAAAAAUUGCAUUUUUGCGGAAUCUUCUUCCAUCAGUUUUUGUUAUUGAGCUAAUUUAUUUUGUUCCAGGCUUACAAUGUACUUGCAGCCCAAAUUGAGCAAACUCGGCAGCUUGGACAAAAACUUGAGGCAAAGAUCCUUGAUGUUAGAGAGGUUGAUGUAAGUUGGCUACAUUGUAUACUAGGGUUUGAGACAAUAAUCAAACAUAAAUUUUUCUUAAUUUUACUUUAUCAUUCAUGCCCAUUGUUUCUGCUUGAACUUACUACAUGUAAUCACAAAUAUAAUAAUUAAUUAAAUUUUUCUUUGUACAUAAAAUGCAAUAUUAUUAUUUUAAUUCCUGUACAGUGUAUGCUAAGCUGAACAAGAAUCUUUUGAUAGGACCACAGUGUAUGUGUAGAUAUCACAAGAUAAUAAGUGCUACCCUCGUGAAAUUGAAAUACAUAUUAUUAAUUUAUUUUUUUUUCUUAGCUGUAUUUCUUUCAUUGGUAAUAAUGAAACAGACAUCACAUUGCAUUUCCAAAGGUGCUUGAAACUCUAUAGCCUUCAAUGGGCCUUACCUAAAAAAACCAGAAUGGUGAUGACCACUUACUUUAAUAGUAUUGUUACAUUAAUUUUUUACAUUUGGUUAUUAUCUAGCUGCACUUAAAGUUAAAUAAUAUAUCCAAACUCACCAUGAAACUUAGUCACAAAGAUACCCUAACCUGUAAUACAGAAUGGUAUCUUACAGUGUACUUCCUGUUUUGUGUAUAACGUUGCAGGUGGCAAUGGCCAAGGUUAUGGAACAAGGGCCUGUUUUAGUUCUCACUUUUAUGGUACAACAGAUUAUGAUCCUUAGAGAUGCAGUCGGUAAUAUAAUUGAGGGUGGAGAAGUGAGUAUUUGCAUUCUUGUUAACAUUGUUAUAAUUAGUCACUCCAACUUAUAUUGUUCCUAAUUAAAGGGGCUCGGCUUGAAUGAAACAUCGCAAUGAAUAUUAUUAUAACCAUAUUUUUGAUAUGUGAAGGAACACAUAAGGAAUAAAGGCUGGCUUGCCACCUGUGCAUUUCCCAUAACACACCUUGUCCUCCCCUUCCCUCACCGGAAAAUAAAUUCAUGACCUCUUGGUAUUACAGUUAUCUCAAGAGAAAUUGAACUUUGGGGGGCAAACAAGGUGUUUUAUGGGAAAUGCAGGAGUGGCAAUUAGAACCUAACUAGGAUAGGAGGCUCAAAAUAUUGAAGCAGAUUAAAACAGGCUACAUAUGGGUAAACCUUUCCCAACUGUUUUCUUCAUUCCAAUAACUUUGUGUACUCAGAUCUGCUUGGAAAGUCGUUGUUUUACUGCAGUGAUUUUGGUAAUAAAAUCAUUUGCCUUGACACUAUCACAAUAAUAUUAUUAUUAUAUGAUGCUGAUGAUGAUGAAGGAAAACUAUUCAUAACUGUGUGAUUUCAUUAUUUUGUUUUAUUCCUGUAGAAGACAGGGCCAGCCUUUUUAUUUUUCAUAGAGUUUAGAAGUACCCAUUAUUGAUAAAAAUAGGUAAAAUCAAAAACAGAAAGACUGGCAAAUUUCUGGCAACCAAUGAUUUCUUUGUUAAUUUAUUUAUUUGUAUGGUUACAGUGUACAUACGUCUUCUUCUUUAAUAGUGGCUUAAACAACUGAGUUUAAAAUUUUCAGGAUUUAAUCUCUCUCAUAUUUGGGCAAUUUUAACUGCCAUUUUUUGUGUCUGCAGGAUAAUAUUGAAAAUGUUAGCUAUGUAUGGGCACUGUGUAGAGAUCAGAGCAUACUGGAUCACCGGUCAGCAUGGAGAGUGCUUGAAUUUGGGAUUCAAAACAGCAGCGCAUGGCUUUGA